CCGGUGACUCCGAUGUAUAUCGCGCGUUGGUCACGUAGGCUGGUUUCCUAUCAUUUUCUUGAUAAGAUUGUAAUUAUUGUCAGUGUUGAUUGCCGUAAGCUCGCGGAUCACUCGUCAAUUAGUGCAACGAUCGCCGUGCGGAAUUCGCUGGCGCGAGGAAUAUCGGUAGGUCCGUCGUUGGCAAGCUGAUCUAAUGAGCCAUUGAUGAUGGCUGACGCGCCGUCAGUCAUUAAAGACGCAGAAGAAUCAGGGAAACCAGAUGAUCCUACGAAGAAUUAUGAAUUCGACGGGGAAACGUACAUCUAUACCGACAAGGCAACGAACAUUAGCUAUAAGUUUGACCAAGAGAAUAAUAAAUGGAUUGUGAAGGAAGACAAUAAAAGCUCCGAUAGUAAGAACAGCUCCGACGGGACGGAAAAGAAGGAAGACUCGGGCCUCGAAGCUGGCGCGGCCGAUACUUUUGGCUUUGAGAACGACACGCACACUUAUACAGAUCCGAACGAUGGCAGCGUAUACUUCUGGGACAAGGAAAAGAACGCCUGGUUUCCGAAAGUUGACGAGGACUUUAUGGCCAAGUAUCAGAUGAGCUACGGUUUUACGGAUACGAGUACACCGCAGGCAAAACCACCGGAGCCGAAAGAGCCUCCGCCCUCACAGAAAGCCAAGGAAGACAAGGAGCAGAGGAAAAUGGAGGCCAAACGAAAAGCUCAGGAACCGCCGACCUGGUUCGAGGUUGACGAAGCGCACAACACCGCUAUUUACGUAUCUGGCCUACCUUUGGAUAUCACUAUAGACGAGCUCACGCAACUCUUCGCCAAAUGUGGCCUCAUAGCAAGGGACGAAAGGGGAAAGGACAAGAUCAAGCUGUACAGAGAUGGCAAUGGAGAACCAAAGGGGGACGCUCUCUGCACCUACAUCAAGGUUGAGUCAGUGGAUCUGGCGCUGAAGAUUUUAGACGGCUCACAAAUCCGGGGAAAAACACUGUCGGUGCAAAGAGCGAAGUUCCAAAUGAAGGGCGCGUAUGAUCCCGCGCUGAAACCGAAGCGGAAAAAGAAGGACAAGGAACGACAGAAGAAGAUUCAUGAAAAAUUGUUCGAUUGGCGACCGGAGCGCAUGCGGGGCGAACCGCUGAAAUGCGAAAGGGUCGUCAUCAUAAAGAACCUUUUCGCACCGGAGGAUUUCGACAGGGAAGUCCAGCUGCUGUUGGAAUACCAGCAGGAUAUUCGAUCCGAGUGCCUGAAGUGCGGCGAUGUCAGGAAAGUUGUCAUCUGUGACAGACAUCCCGAAGGAGUAGCGCAAGUCACAUUCCGAGAGCCGGCAGAGGCGCAAGCUUGCGUUCAGCUUCUGAACGGCCGCUGGUUCAGCCAGAGGAAGAUCUCGGCGGAGAUCUGGGACGGCAAGACCAAGUACAAAAUUACAGAGACUGACGCGGAGAUCGAAGCCCGAAUACAAAAAUGGGAUAAAUUCUUGGACCAGGAGGACGAGGAGAAAGAAAAGAAGAAGCAAGAGACGGAAAGCAGCAACAAGGAACAAAAAACAUCGCAAUGAGAAUGCGAUCUUACGAUCGAUAGAAUUGUAAUUAUAUUUUGUGAAGAUUCUAUUUUCUUCAUUUCUCCCUCACCGUCAUAUUGCAUUUGAAUGUUAUGCUCGAACUUUUUCUUUUGGACGUUUUAAUGAGAACCUGGAUGAUUAAUCGAUCCUGUCACACCGUGGUUGAGAUUAUAAGUGGCUCGCAAUUUUCAUGGUUGAAUCAGCGCUACUGUUGUACUAGUGAUAUAUUAUUAGUUGUUGCAACAAUAAAGCUGUCUCUCCGA